AUGCAAAUUUCUCCAUUUUCCUCUUUUUACUAUACUUCUCUAACUCCACGUUCAUUUUAAAUAUACCCUCUCAAAUUCAUUUAGCUUCAAUUAAAUGUGCCAAAACUUGGAAACUUACUUAACUGUAGUUAUUUAUCUUUUGAUUUAAGAAUGAGAAAAUAAUGUUUCUAGAAAGACAGAGUAAAAUAAUAAAGAAACAAAACUAACUAUUACUAUUUUUGAACAUACAAUUAAGAAUCCAAUAAAGUUAUUUAUAUAAAUUAUAAUCGCAAAGCAAAACGAUUGAAGUUAUUUUAAUGCAUAAAUACUAUAUCCUUAUUCUUGAUAACCUUGCUCUUAAAUAGCAUUCAUGACUGAUGGAAUUGCUGGAGGAAUUCAAUUGAUUUUGAAUUAUGUAUUUUUUAUAUUUCUUUCUAGACUAUCUACCUAA